UCAAUUAUGUAUCUUUGCAUAAAUUUUUGUGUAAAAAAUAUUUGUAAUUUUGUCCCACGUCCCAGCUGUAUAAAAUGCCAAUCAGCUGUUGCACGCAUAACCGCAAAAAAUGAUCAGGAGGAUUGUUGUUAAUUCCGUUAUUCCGGUGCUUUCCCGGCGGAAAUCCGUGAAGUUACACACUGGCACUGUCGCCAGGCAAGACAAGAAGCAAGUGGUUGAGAAAAUCCAUCCAUUCUCGCACAUAAAUGUGAACUUCGGGAAAGUGUCUCGAGUGAAAAUCCUCCCUUACGACCUCCUCGAUUGUCCGGACGCUAACAUCCUGAGAGCCACCGUGUCCGAUGAUUCUGCCUUCUCCAUCCGCGUCCUGGGCAAUGACGUCAAUGUGGACUGCGCUGAUCAACCGGGAGCGUCAGAAGUGACUCUGGAGAUUCCUGUGAAGGCGGAUUUGAGCGUGAAAUCCGACGGAGCGCUGGAGUUGUCUGAUCUUCACAGCGACAAAUUGGCAGUUUCGACGUCCGGCGGAAUAUCAACGCGGAAUCUGAGGAGCGAGAGCAUCCGGUUGCACAGCGAAAGAGGGGACAUUGUCUGCCAGGGACUGACUCAGGGAUUUCACGUGCAAAUCAAGACGGGCGAGUCCGGGAGUGUGUCGCUGGAGAAGGUGCUCGGCGAGGAGCUGCAGGUGGACACUGUCAGCGGAUCAAUCUCCACAGAAUCGUGCUACAGCACCAGCUCGAAAUUCACCAGCAGAACGGGAAAUCUGACACUCAAUUGCGUUCAUCGGAACGCAGAAGUGAAUAUUGUUGAGCAGGGAAAUCUCACGAUGUUCGGCUUCAACGGCACUCUGCUGGCCAAGGUGCAUUGCGGGAACAUUCGACUGCAGCUGGCGGAACUCUGGGGAGAGAAUGUCGUCAUCACGAACGAGUCCAAGGAGGUGUGCGUGAAUGUCUCCGACGCCGUGGUGGAUUCGACUUAUGUCCACGCAGCCGCUGUCGAUGUGCACGUGGACGAGAGCCUGCAGCACUUGAGGGGCCAGAAAGAGACCGGAGCCACGACGCUGGGACAAAAGAGCCUCCCCAAUAAACUCUUCGUGCAAACAAAAGGACGCCUGGAGAUCAAGCGAUUGUCUUGGGUGGACGCAAUCAAACUCAAGAUGUAAAUAAAUUCACUGUCUUUAUUGGACACAAUCUUACAGACUCGCGCGCCCACCAAAUUCCCUCGAUGAUCAU